AUGAGGUUGCAAAAAGCAGGAAUCCUCGAGGACAUGGACUAUGUAAGAGAGAAAGAUAACAUCCCGACAGAGGGAGAAGCCAUCAAAGCAAUACAAAAAUUGAAAGAAAACGAAGAUCCUGGAGCAGAUGGCAUUCCUUGUGAACUUUUAAAACAUGACGAAAAAAAUAAGACUUGUAGUAUCAGUAGGCUAGUAGAACUGCUUUGGAAGCAGAUAAAACUACCACAAGACGAACGUAGGUCCACCAUGUACUCGAAGAUAAACAAUGGUGAUAAAAGUACCAUAUUUACAAGAACUAACAGUAUUUGUCCUCCUCCCGAAGAAGUACUUCUGGAUCGUGUUCUAACAAACGAAACAGACCAAUUGGAGACGAUAGUCAACGAGAAACUUCUAAAAUAUCUAUAUCCCGACCACAGCAAACCCAUCCUGUUGAUAGCAUGUACAGCGAAGGAAGUAGAGGCAAGGACAGUCAAGUUGUUAAUAGACUUAGGAGCAGAUGUACGGUACCAAGACGAAAAUCAAUGGGAGGCGCUUCAUUAUGCCGCUGAAAGAGCUGACUACUUUGUCCUAAAAGUCAUUAUAGACAAACUAAAGGAAAGAAAGUUCCACUUAAAUGAAGUUUUAGCACAAGGUAGUAAUGCUUUACAUAUACUUAUUAGACAUGGUAAUAAAAACUCCAAAGAUUUUGUCAAAUGUGCUAAGCUUUUAAUAGACGAAGGAAUAAAUGUAAAUUUGGCAGAUAACAAAAUGAUGACUCCUAUCCUUUGGGCAGCUAAAAAAGACUUAAACGAUAUCAUCAAAGUGAUUCUAGAUUAUAGCCGUGUUUCAGUUGAUAUUGAUUCACAUAACUCAAGAGGCCGAACUGCUAGAGAUCUGAUAACAGCUGGAAACUUAUACGAUGGAUCAUUACCAGAUAAAGGGGAUAACAACAACUUAAAUGGAAUCCCACUUAAAGAAAUUAGUCCAAAAGGAGCAGAUUCCUUAUUCGAACUGAUAAGACUAAAUCAAGAAAAUGAUUUUCUAAAUUGUGACAGUGAAAUGAUCGGCGAUUUGGUUAACAGUGAAAACGGAAACCAAACUCUUUUACAGUUGGCGUGUAAGGUAGGAAAUAAACGAAUAGUGAAGCAUUUGCUCGAGAAAGGUGCAGACAAAAACAAAACCACUAGUAGUAAGAAAGAGACCCCUUUAGAAAUAACAGCUGAAUAUGGUUUCCAUGAGAUAUUUGAAAUCCUCAUUAACAAAUAUGAGAACGACGACCAAAUUCCACAAUCUGUUUUACCAAUACUUUUAAAAAACUACGACAGUCCAAAGUUCCCAGAAAUAAAUUGGAAAUUAUGCUGUGAUCACUUUCUUAAAAAGAUAAAAUACAACAGAAACCUUUAUGACAUAAAUGGAAGAGAUGCAUCUGGAAACACUCCAUUACAUUACGCUAUACGAUAUGGCGACACAGUUAUUAUCAAUAAACUACUAGAUGUAGGAGCUUCUUUGGGUUCCAAAAAUAACUUUGGCUUCAUGCCUGUUCAAGACUUGGAACCCGAAUUGCUAGAGGCUCACUUAGAUAACUGCGUCCAGUUUGAUCUCAAAGGUAAAAAGGAGAAAGAAGACUUCACUAUAACCCUCAAUUAUCGUACGUUAGUCCCCCCUGCCAAAGAAAUCCUUAAUCCUGAUGCUGAGGUUGGUAGAAACUCUGGGAAUAAAGAACUCGUUCACGAAACAGAAGUUAUAUCGUAUAUGAGUACAGCUCCAGAAUUCAAGCAUUUGCUUAUGCACCCUGUGAUAGUGAGUUUUUUGUAUAUGAAAUGGCAUAGAACAAGGUGGUUGUUUUUUACGAAUCUUGCUUUCUAUGUAGCUUUUUGUGCAUCUUUGGUCAUCUAUAUAUUUUCUUACUAUGCAAAUUUUGUUGACGAACUUUCAUCAUUUCAAACCUUUCUCAAGCACUUUUCAUGUAUUAUAUUAUUAAUAACAUUCUUCGUUUUAAUGUUUAGAGAACUCUUCCAGAUUUUUGUGCUACCUAAGAAGUAUUUUACAAAUUUCGAAAAUUAUAUGGAAAUUAUCUUGAUUAUUUUAGCUGGAUCAAUUCUCUUUAUUGGUUCUCCCAGCAUUAAUACCCGAAAGCAACUUUCGUCUUUAUCGAUUCUUUUAGCAGCUUUUGAAUUAAUACUUAUGAUAGGACAGCAUCCGAAGUUAUCAACAAACGUUGUAAUGUUGCGAACAGUGUCAUACAAUUUCUUCAAGUUUCUCCUUUGGUAUUCCUUACUUCUAAUCGCUUUCGCGCUUAGUUUUUAUAUCCUUUUCACCGAAGGAUCCAAACAGCCAUCUGCAAAUAAUACAGAAGGAGGUGAUGAAGAUUCCUUUGCAGAUCCAGGUAAAUCCGUAUUUAAAACAAUAGUGAUGUUAACUGGAGAGUUUGAGGCUAGUGAUAUGAAUUUUGAAACAUUUCCCAUUGUUAGUAAAUUAAUAUUUGUUAUGUUCAUUUUUAUGAUUGCCAUUAUAUUGCUCAAUCUCCUCAACGGUCUUGCUGUGAGCGAUACACAAAUGAUUAAAAAUGAUGCUGAGCUAUUAGGACAUAUAUAUCGAGCUCAGCAUAUUCGAUAUGUUGAAGUAAUGCUUUUGGGCAAUAUAGUACCCAAAAAUAUUUUUAACAAAUUUAACGAUUUCUGUUGUUGCUUCCCCUUUGGUCAAAAUCUGCAAUAUAGCAUAUUUAAACCUCUGGCCCAAAAAAUCUGCCUGUUUCCCCAUUUCCUUAAUUACGAAAUGACAGUAUAUCCUAAUAAAUCUGGCAGAAUCUAUAAACCAAUAGGAAAGGAUCAAGCAUGUGCUGCUUGGUGCAAUACUACUAACUUAGAUAAGGAAACUGUGAGAAGAAUUAAUGAAUUAGUACAAGCUAAAAAAGAGCAGAUGAAAAUUAAUCCAGAUCCAGAUAAACUUAAACAGGAAAUUUUUAUGAUUAAGAAUAAGUUGGAGGAUCUAUUGAGAAAUUUUAACAGUAUUGUAGGAAGUCAGAAAGACAGCAAUUAUCAAAAUUAGUAAUAAAGAUUAUUAUUAAUAGUUUUAGAACCUAUUUCAGUGUUUCAAAUCAGAUCAAACAGCUUCAAUUACAUCUUUGAAUUAAAUAUAUGUUGGAGUAUACAUCAAAAUAUUAAAUUUUUCAAUUUUUUUUUGUAUAUUGAAGAAAUUUUGGCAGUUUUUUUUAUAGAGAAUAUCAAAAAAGGCUAUAGCGGAAUUAGAUGGUAAAAUCUGCACUCGACUGGAUUCUUAUUUGAGAUUGAGCAUUCGAAAGUACACACCUAUUUAAAAACCCAAUUUUUAUAAAGACAAAUUUUUAGCUAUCUUGGUGGGCCCUAUCGUAAAAAAGGUGUUUUUUCGAAAAACUAUUUUACUGAGCGAGCCUUUGCUUUAAAAAAUCUGAAAAAAUUCAUGAACAUACCUACAUUUUUAUGCUCACAAACACUCUGAUAUUUUUUAGAUUUUUUUAAACAAAAUUGAGCUCAGGAAAAAUAUUUGAAUUUUUCAAAAAACGUUUAAAUUAUGUAGGUAAUUUUUAGCAAACUUCUAAAUAAUUAUUUUUCGUCUGUUUUUCCAUUCUUUUGAAUAGCGGGAUCAGAUUUGCCAUUUUCUCAUCGGAAAAGCUUUGAAAUUAAAAAAAAAAACAUUUUUUGUGUUUCUCCUAUGUUUUCAGCACAUAAACUCAACUACAUGUCAUUUAAAUAAGAUUUUUGAUAAUUUUUUUGUUAUUUCUAAUACCAGGAACAGGUUUGCCAUUUUUAGACCCAAACUUACGACAUUUUCCGCGAUUUCCAGACCCGAACUUUUUCAAUAUUUUUUCCCUCGUCAUUCCAGUCGUGGCUACCAUUUAAAUAUUAUCAUGAUGGUUUAGGAAAACCUUAUUUUCCUGGAAAGUAUAUUAGACUCUUUCCAUGUAUGUAUUAUGGUAUUCCUUUUGAGGUAAAAGAGACUGUCAAAAUUUCACAUUAAUGCUCAUUAUUUUAUUUUGUCAAACAUGUAAUUUUUGUUCGAAAAUAAUAGUCUCGAACAAAUAACAAAAAUUGCUUGUCCGAAUAUGAGUAUAUAUUUUUGCAUGCAAUAAAAACCAUUAAACCACAUUCCUUUAAGUUAAGUAUUAUUCCAUAUCGAUGUCACAUGUAUGUAUUUUAUUAACUAAUUUUAAGAACUUUAUAUAUACAUUAUUAUUAUUAUUUUAUGUAAAAUUUAAUUUUAAUCGUAUAAUAAAAUAUUUCUUUUAUUCAUUUUUUAAAUAA